CUUUUGGCGACAAAAUACAAACGAUUUAAGUUCAAGGACUUCAACAACUCGGCCACGAAGCUUAUUUCGAUUUUUGUUUUUGUUUUAGAGAUAUUUCAAGUCAAUUACUUAAAUCAAAGAAGCAGCACAUAGACAACCUUAAAUUAUAACCAUUUUAUUUCUCAGUGUUUUAAUAAUAUGCCGAGACAAAAGUUUGAAGACGUAGCUGGUGGUGACACUUUGUUAGUUGACGUUGUGGAUGAGGAAAAUGGAUACAGACAAUGUACUUUUAGUUUUACGUUUGAACAACAUCAGGAAAGUUUUAACAAUAUCCCAAACAUAAAAUGCCAUGAUGAUGACAUUAUUCUCAACUCAUAUCCAAAAACAGGAACACAUUGGCUAUGGGAAAUGCUUCAGAUGGUAAUUAAACAAACGGCAGAAGUGUCAAAUGCAAAUAAACUUCGUGAGAUGAUUGAAGCUUUUCCGACGGAAGUUGUAGAGAAUUUACCUUCUCCAAGAGUUUUAAAUACACACUUGAAAAUAAAAUAUCUGCCAAAGGACAUCAUAAAGAAGAGACUGAAAAUGUUUUUGUUACUGAGAAAUCCAAAAGAUGUUGCAGUGUCUUUGUACCAUCACCUUAAAGGAAUCAAAUUUUACGAAUAUGAUGGGAAAUUUGAAAACUUUUUACGAUUAUUUCAGAGUGGAGGAGUUGAUUACGGGUCAUAUCCCGAAUAUUUGCGGGAAUGGCAGACCUUUAUUAAAGAAAAUCCGGAUUUUCCGGUCCAUGUUGUAUAUUAUGAAGACCUUAUAGCGGAUUGUUUUGGGGAAAUGAAGAAGGUUUGCGAAUUUCUUGGCAAAGAAGUGAGCUCUGAUUUACUGCGACAAAUCGUUGAAAGUUGCCAAAUAGAUAAAAUGAGACAAGUAAAAGAUGAAAAAAUGACUGACGAAAUGAGACAGGUACAAAAAACUGCACUGAAUGCUGACUUUAACAUGUUUAGAAAAGGUGGAAUUGGAAACUGGAAGAACCGGCUAACUGUUGCACAAAACGAAUAUAUUGAUAAAUGGUGGGACGAGGAAACAAAAGAUCUCGACAUGUUUUCCUUUAAGUUUGUGUGAACAUGCAGGUUUUGGACGAAUGCUGUUAUCGCAGCAAAACUCAAUAUUCCUGUAGUACCCAUUAAACAUUAACUCAACAAUAACUUAAUAAAACAUUCAUCUGAUUCUAAGAUUUCGUUUUUAUUCUAUUUAUGUGAUCUUUGAUUUCAUUGCUCUUGACGUUUUUUUCAGUUUCUUCCCCAAACCUUUGCCCAUCCAAGUUGGGUAUCACACAAGGUGCCUUUCUAGUGGUUCUUUGCGGAUUUGUAUUGCGUUGGAUGCUAUGGGAUUGCUGCUUUUUUGUUGACCAAACUCUUACAUUUUAUGCUAAGCUACGGGAAGCUCAAAUGCUUAACCAUCUGUAACCACAUUUUCUUUCAAUCAUCUCUGUCUCAUUAUUAUUUUCUUUGUUUUUUUUCUUCAUUACUGUGGAGGAAUCUUUCUGCUAAACUUAUAUAUUUUUCGACACAAUGGUAGAAGCCGGUGUCGAGUGUUACAGGUUCGACUGUAUGUCAAAUUAAUAAUUUAACGAUGUGAUAAUAUAGAGAAACAUGAAUCAUUUUACAUUGUGAGAGAAACUGUGUAAGCCAAAUUCAAGAUAUGUAACAUAACUAUAAAGAAAUUCUCUACUUGCAAGAAUUUUUAAAUUAGUAUUGUAAGACAUGUAAGCUUGUUAUUGUUUCUGAAAUAUUCUAUUUUUAGAAUCAUUAUUUAUUUAUUAAAUAAUUACUUAUUGAAACUUUUAGCAUGUAAGUACUAUAUACACAAUAAUCCUAUUCAAAUAAGGACAGUAAAGUAAUUAUAUUGUUUUCAGCAUUCUAAUAAUAAACAUUGUAUAAUAUUGGAUUAUUUCUUAAUUCCAAGAUUAACAUGUCUGUUACUCCACAUUUUUGUAGUAUCCAUAUGUUUUGAUGUUAUAAUCAGUAAUGGUUAGUGAAACAUGCUCUAAUCAAUUUAUUUUUGUCAAAAUAAUAAUUCCUAAAACUUUCCCAAAAUGUUCGUGGAGGCUGCCAUCUUUGUUUUAGGUACCUGCGUACCCAUAUCUGUAGUUUGUUUUGAAAUGAGGCAUAUUUGACUUUAUUGUGUAACAUGUAUUUUGUAUAAUGUGAUUAUAAUGUUUGCUUCUCAAAUUGUUCAAGAGAUUUACUGUAAUAGUUUAUUUUUGUAAAACAAGACCGCACUAUUUGUUCGGUCAUUCGCGUAGUAAAGUUAGGUUGUGGAAUCACCCUAAUUCUCUUUAAAUUGUAAUAAUCCUGCCAAAUUACCAUAAGUAUUUAAUUGAAAUGCAUUUAAUAGUAUAAGUGUUAUUUCUCAACAUAAUGAUUACUUACAACUUUAUAUGUUUACUUUGUAUUUUGUAAUUAUGAUCUGUUGAGCUGUUUACUCAUUUUAGGAUGGGAAUUCCUAACCGAUUCUGAUUGGCUUAGAUAAAUCCUAAGUGCAAUCUGAUUGGUCGGGAAUCCUUUCCUAAAUUCCUAAACGACUCAAAGGUUAUAAAUAGAGCGACAGUCCUCAUUUUGGAACAACAACGCCCACUAAAGUUGCUAGGGCGCGAUAAUUUAAAAUUGAGCAGAAAGCAUCAAAACAGAAUUUUAGUAAGUUUCUAUUUAGGAAAGACUCCUCAAUCACAUUGGAAUAUGUAUUAAACAUUUACUAAGCAACUUUCCCCGAAUGAGAGCUGACGUACUUCAUGUUAUAACUUUUAAUCCUAAAUUAAACGAUUAAACCAAAAAAUCCAAACUUGAUUAAAGCGUUGUCAACUUUUAUUUUAGGAAAUCCUAAAAUCACUUAACAUAGCGCCUUAUGAAAUGAUACUGAAAACUAUUUCUGUAUAUUGAUAAUAAGAUAUAUUAAAUAUUAGUAUAUAUAUGUAGUUUAUGUAUACAGAACUGAUGCAUACUGUAUUAAACCAAAGUAUUGAAACUUGAUGAAA